GGGAGUCUCCAUAGCAACGGACGCUGGGUUCCGGACUCCGACUCAGCCUAGGGCGCGGCUCUGCAGGGGGCGCGCGUCUCGAGCAGCGAUGGCGAGCUGGGGCGACACGCCUGAGACCGAGGAGUGCCGGAAGAUCCUCCAGGGCCUCGAGGCCGCUAUUGAACAAUUCCAGUUCAACCCCAGAUGAUGAAAUCCCUCCAGGUGGAUUUUGGGUUCCUCAAACAAUUGAUUCAGUUAAAGUUUGAGGAUCGACUAAGAGAGGAAUCUUUGCGUCUCUUCAACAUUCUACAUGAUAGGAUCCUAGAAGUUGAAAAACAUUAUCAACAGAAUGAGGAUAAGAUGAGAAAAUCCUUCAAUCAGCAGUUAGCUGACGCCAUCGCUGUUAUCAAAGGAAUGUACCAGCAAUUCUUUGAGGUAGAAGAAGAGAAGCUUUCUUUGCAAGAUGCGAGUAGUGUCAAAACAAAUAUUUUGUUAAGAAAACUGAAAGAGAAAGAAGACAUUAUUAAAGAAUUAAAAGAAGAACUAGACCAAUAUGAAGAUUUUAGAUUUCAUAAAAUGGAUUCUUUUGCCAAAGAAACCAGCUCUCCAAAAUCAAACCUAGAAAAGGAAAAUUUGGAGUACAAAGUGGAAAAUGAGAGACUGCUUCAGAUCAUUUCAGAGCUUGAAGAAGAAAUCCAGAUCAAUCUAAAAGAAAAUUCAGGAUUAGAAGAUGAACUUAUAAGUAUGAAAGAGAUGGCAGAAAAGGAUCACAAAACUAUUCAAAAGUUAAUGAAUAGUAGAGACAGAUUAAGAGAAGAGCUUGAUUAUGAAAAAUCAUUAGUUCAAGAUAUGAUUAAUAAACAGAAAGAGGACAAGGAAAUGAGAAAAAAGUAUGGCAGCUUAAGCGUCAAGGCUGCCAGGUCCGCCAAGGGGAGAGAAGCCUCUUUGUCCCCAUGGCCCAAGUCUCCACCAAGCACCACAGCUUCAAGGCCACAUUCUGCAUCCAUGAGUGUAUCGUCUGCUGGGACCAAGAAAGCUAAGACUCCAAAGAAAGCUUUAAAGGAAGAGCAAUCUGUGUUAAGCUAUGCAGCACCUGUUGGGACACAUGCAGAAGAAAAGAAGGUGAAGAUAUUAGGAUCUAAGGUUGAAGACAAACAUGCUUUGGAGUCUCAAAUAGAAGCAUUAAAGGCUAAUUUAGAGGUUGAGAAACAGAAGGUGGAAAGGAUUAGGAAGGAAGCCGAUCGACUAAACAAAAACUGGGAAAAGAGAUUCUCUAUUCUCAGGAACAGCUUUCAUGUCCUUAAGGAUGAGAUGUUUACAAGACACACACUGUUUCGUCAGUUUGCAGUGCUUGCUGACACAUCCUUCAAUUAUAUUAAAGUAAAACCCUUAUUUGUGCAGUCUAAAACAACCCUGACAGGUACAGCCUCUUCAAGUCAUGGAAUAUCUUCAAUAGACAGUAAGCAUUCAGAUGUAGCCAGUGAUCAGGCAUUCCCUCAACUUUCACCAAAAGAAACGUUGGAAUCCCCAAAAGAAGAGCCCUUGGAGAAGCUAUCCACGAACCAGAGCAGCCCGGCGACUACUGAUUAACUGGGCAGAAGCUUGGGCUGCACAGACGGGGCCACAGAAAGAGCAGCCUCUGCCAUCCUGGUGUAAGAUGCCUCCCUUGCAAAGGAUACUAUCUCCAAAUAUUUGCUAAACUAAUUGUUUAAUCUCUCCGGAUUAUGUACACUAACCAACACUGAGCUCGAAUAGACUUCAAUGCGUGUCUUGCGUGCGCUCCUUUCCACGCCCUGAAGGAAAGUGCUGGCUCGUGCUGGGUGGGUGGGGCGCACUGACCCUGCAUGGCGACCACCUUCAUUCGGGUGCUCCCCAGACUCGAGCAUCUAAGGGAAGGAGCAGACGUUAAUUAAAAAGUUUGAGGCACUCAACUUGUUUGACUCCCUCUCUAAAUCAUCUAGUCUUCAUAUACCAAAAAAGUCAAAGUGAUUUGAUGUCUCCUCACCCAAUAACUAUUCCCCAUGAAGGAGAGUCAUAAAGACUAGAGGGAGACUGUACAUUUCCUCAAGGAAGAUUCAUUCUUACCCUGGCACAGGGAACCUAGCCACAUCUUAAAGGCUGUCAACAAUUCUUUAGUAAGUAGGGAAACUCUGGAGUUUUGCUUCCUGGUAAGUAUGCAAACCAAGAUUCUGCUGGAAUGCCAGGCACCAUUUAUCAAAAGGCCGAUUUGCUUUUCCUCCACGCGUAAUGUCCAACUUGGUUCUUCCUAUUCCCCUAACUACCAGUAAGGCCUUAAGAGCCUGUAUCUGAAUCGUAGGCUCCGGAUUACAGAAUUCUAAAGUUAUUUAUUAAGUGUCAAGAAAUAUAUUUGUGGUAGUUGUCACAUAACGCGGAUACACUUUAGUCCAAAAGAAAGCUGGAGAGGCUAUUUAUUUGUGCGUAAAAGGAACAAGAUUUAAAUGGAGAGAGAUGUGUUAUUUUCGGCACAAGUGCACGGGGUGGCAUAGCGCUGUGCAGCAUUAUUCCAGCUUCAUCUACUAUGCACUAUAUGCCGCUGUCUCCAAAGGAGUGUUGCCCUAGAAACUUGUUUUAAAUCUGCUGCUAUAUAUCAACACCUUGUUUUAGCAGUCCUUGGCUGAAUUACAGUUACACAGUUUGGCGCUUCUUUCAAAUUUCCUCCCAUCAGUUUGGCUAAAGAAAGGAAUUUUUCUCCUUUAGAAAUGAAUUGGCUUAAUUAGUAAGUAGAUUAAUGGCAAUUGCUGGUGAGUUGGUUUCCAGCAGAGUUUCACCAGAGAGGGUUAAUCGGAGUCAGGUCUGGAAUCUUUCCCAGAACUGGCUGCCAGCCAUUUCCACCAACCAAUCAACCCUACAAGAAACAGAGGAAAUGAAAUAAAAUUUAUAUUCUCUGUGCCAUCACCCUGGACAGAAAUUCCUUGGAAGCAGCCUCCUGGUUGGGUGCAAUAUCAAACUGCUUCAUUUCAAAACUUUAAUAGAAACUUUAAACUGCAAGAUUUACCUGGGUACCAAACCAGAGUUUCAAAUGGCAUAAUAAAGGUCUCCACAGAACCGUAGAUGUAUUGGAAAUUUCCGAGGCUCUCAGCCAAUUUCAGGUUGGGAGAAAUUACAAACCACCCAGGUCCAGCCCUAAAUCUGUUGUCCAUCAGAAGUCCUUCAAAAGUUUUGCUGUAUGUUUUUCAGCCUUUUAACUUAUUUUUUUCCAUAGUGAUGAAAAUGCAUUCAUAGUUUAACUUGCAGCUGCAUUAGUCUUGCAAAAAAAAAAAAAAUCCCUGCUGAGAAAUGCAUAUAAUAGGAAAAA